AUGACUUCUGUUAGCAUUCAGAUUGAGGUUCCAUCUGCAUUUCCUGCCGACAAGGUUUUUAAGGUGUUAAGUGAUUUUGAUAAUAUUGCACCCAAAGUGAAUCCUGCAGUUUUCAAGUCUAUCAAGACAGUCGAAGGCAAUGGAGGUGUCGGAACCAUAAAGAUCUUCACAUUUGGGGAUGCUGUCCCAUUCACAAGUGGAAAAUAUAAGGUUGACGCUAUUGAUGCGGGCAACUUUAGCUACAACUACUCAUUUUUCGAAGGUGAUAGCUUGAUGGGAAUAUUAGACUCCAUCAAUCAUCAUAUCAAGGUCAUACCUACUGAUGGAGGAAGCAUAUUCAAGCAAACCGUUACUUAUAACUGCAAAGGUAGUGAUAAGCCAUCUGAAGAUAUUCUUAAGGCUGAAAAAGAAAUAUAUGAGAAAACGUACAAAGCUAUUGAGGCUUAUGGUGCUGCCCAUCCUGAAACUUAUUGA